CGAUAGAAACCCGCGUGUGUUGGUCGUUCCUGGUUUAGAAAAUGUCUAAGACUAGCGGAGCUUCAGUUUUGCUGCUAGUUCUUGUGGUGAUCGUUCGCGAGUGCUCUUCCGUCGGCGAGUGUCCCCCGGCGAAGGUCCCGUCCUGCACUCCGAGGUGCCGCACCGAUCGGGAUUGCUCCGGAACGGGUGGAAAGUGUUGCCCCAAUCUGUGCAACACGAAGUCAUGCGUCGAUCGGACCAAGCUUACGCAAGCGGCCGUUGGUAGCAAAUAUGGCUCUAGCACCGGGGCAGGCAUCUACUGUGGAAACGUGAAGUGCAAUUCGUUCGAGAAAUGUGGAGUCGAUCCGGUCACCAAACGACCGAAAUGUGUCCGAGCGUAACGUAGCGGGUCUAGCCGAUAAGGAUCGGGUGUCGCUAGUAUAACCGGUUUUUGAUACAAUAAAUUUAUGCGCCGCCGCUCGA